CAUCUUUGGUCUUGUAGACUACCGUACGCUAGUUACAGCAGUUCACGACGUCUUUUCGCAGGAGCCUUGCAUCUUUGCGCACAUUCUCCACCUCAGUCGUCUGCUCAGCGAAGCCGAAAAACAUGCCUCCCAAGAAGGUUGAACAGCCGCCGUUGCUGCUUGGACGUCCUGGCAAUAACUUGAAGGCCGGUAUCGUGGGUCUUGCCAAUGUUGGCAAGUCAACAUUCUUCCAGAGUAUCACCAAGUCGUUCCUGGGAAACCCAGCCAACUUCCCGUAUGCAACCAUUGACCCGGAGGAGGCGAAAUGCAUCGUUCCUGAUGAGCGUUUCGACUGGUUGUGUGAGCUUUACAAGCCUAAAUCCAAAAUUCCAGCAAACUUGACAAUUUUCGAUAUCGCUGGAUUGACAAAAGGUGCAUCGACGGGUGCGGGUCUGGGAAAUGCAUUCUUGUCGCAUAUUCGUGCAGUGGAUGCAUUGUUCCAGGUGGUGAGGUGUUUUGAUGAUGCAGAAAUCAUCCAUGUUGAGGGUGACGUUGAUCCUGUUCGGGACUUGCAAAUUAUCCACGAGGAACUUGUGUUUAAGGACACUGAGUGGGUUGAGAAGUACCUUGAGAAUGCCAAGAAGCAGGCGCGUGUGAAUGGACCUGCUUUGGACAAGAAGAAGCGCGAGGAGGAGGUAGCAACAACGGAAAAGGUGCUCGGUGUGCUCAAAGAGGGCAAAGGUGUGCGCAAAUCCUCUUGGUCACCCAAGGAGGUUGAGAGCAUCAACAACAUGCAGCUACUUACUGCAAAGCCAGUCAUCUACUUGGUGAACUUGUCUGAGAAGGAUUACAUUCGUCAAAAGAACAAGCAUCUGGCCAAGAUCAAGGCCUGGGUGGAUGAGAAUGCCAAGGGCGACAUUAUCAUUCCCUUCUCGGUGUGCUUUGAGGACCGGCUGACGCAGAUGCAGGAUGAAGCUGCUGCUGCUGAGGAAUGCAAGAAGCUGGGCACCAAGUCAAUGCUGCCAAAGAUCAUCACCACGGGAUACUCGGCGCUCAAUUUGAUUUACUACUUCACCGCUGGUCCUGAUGAGGUUCGGGCGUGGACGAUUCAAAAGGGCAUCAAGGCGCCUGCUGCUGCGGGUGUCAUUCACACUGACUUUGAAAAGACAUUCAUCUUGGGUGAGAUUACGCCGUUUGCUGAUCUGAAGGAGUAUGGGAGUGAGGCGGCUGCGAAGGCUGCUGGUAAGACACGGUCGCAGGGCAAGGAGUACUUUAUGAACGAUGGAGAUUUGGCGUUCUGGAAGUGUGGAAAGAAGUGAGUGUUGCUGUAGCUGUAGCUGUGUAGCUGUCUGUGUAGGCUGAGUAUCAGUGCUGCAGCUGUCA